AUGCAUCUCGAGCCGCCGCCCCCGGUGAAGCAGUUUGCUAUUCCCAAUGGCCUCAUCCAAAAUGCCGUCAGUGUCCGAGAGGGCAGCUUUAGAAUUGAAGAUGCGGCUCGAGCACCGUCGCCGGUUACACCCUCUUUCUAUGGCUUCACGAACCCAUACAUCGAUAUCAGAACCCCUGGGUCGCAGGAAGACUCAAUUCUCCCGGUCUCUCAUGAGUUUCCUCCAUUGCCCCUCGCACCACCCCCAGCUCACAACACAAGUGGCCUAGCUAGAUCACUGAGCCGUGCUCUCUCCAAACGCAGUGCUCGAAGGGGUAGCAUUUAUGAGGUCUACGAAAAGGCUAAGGUCCGUGGAGAAAAGAUCAAGCGACAAAAGUGGACUCAGAUCGCGUUUGAGUAUACUGUCUACACUUUCCUUCUCUGUUUCAUCUACUUUGUUCUCGUCGGCAUGCCACUAUGGCGUGGGGCCGUUUGGUGGCUCUUUGUUGCGAUUCAGGAGAAGAUGAUUGUUGCUGGUGGCUAUACAAUCAUGAUUGGUGUGGCUGCCUUAUACGCGUUCGCCCCCCUACUCGUCCUUUUUGAACCCGACCCUCUUCCCGUUGAACGGUCCACAGGGACUGAUCAAUCGGUUCGCGAGACGGCGUUGCUCAUCCCCUGCUACAAAGCCGCCAACAUCAUUGGGCCAACCCUCGAAGCAGCCGUCAAGAUCUUUCCACCUCAGAACAUCUUUGUCAUAGCCAACGGAAACUCUCCUAUGCCUCUCGACAAUACCGGGGAUGUCUGCAAGCCCUACGGAGUGAAUCACAUCUGGUCCCCUGUUGGGUCCAAGAUCGUGGCUCAGUUUGUCGGAUGCUAUGCGGAAAAACAUUUCAAGAAUGUUCUCCUCAUUGAUGACGACUGUGCUCUGCCUCCGAACUUUCCCAUCGUCGGCGAUCGCCUUCGAGACAAGGUCAUGUGCAUUGGCUAUGCCAUCAAGAGUGUUGGGCCAGAUUCCUCCAGGGGCACACUAUGCCAGCAGGCACAAGACCUCGAGUACAAGAUCUCGGGUCUGCAAAGAGCCUUAGCCGGAAAGGUCGGCAGUGCAACCUUCCCCCAUGGUGCCAUUUCACUCUGGGAUCGAAAGUUCCUCGUGCAGACCUUCCACGACCAUGUUGGCUUCUCAGUAUCUGAGGACUGGUUCAUGGGCCAUAGUUGCCGCAGGCUUGGAGGUCGCAUUCAGAUGUGCACCUCUGUCUUUGUCGAGACAGAGACUCCAUCGGCCAUCUUUUUCAGCUCCGGUGGAAGCCGGGGUGGCUUUGGGGAGAUGACAGUCUUCAAGCAGAGGUUCCAUCGAUGGAACUUUUUCUUUGUCAAUGGAGUGUGGUACAACAUGGCCUAUAUCCUGGGCAGCUGGAAGCUUGGGUUUUGGGAAAUUGGAACGAAAAUCUUUGUAUUUCAGGAGGUGUACGAGACACUGCUCUAUCUCAUGACGCCAUUCGUCCUCCCCAUCUCCAUGAUCUUGAGGCCUUGGUUUUGUGGAAUGUUGUUUGGUAUUACUAUUCUAGUCUAUCUAGUAAACGCCAUCAUCUUCAAUGAAGUGCAUCUCAGGCGAAAGAGGGAGAGAGUCGGCUAUGGUGUCCUACUCUUCUAUUACAUGCCCUACAAGAUGGCCCUUACGGCGGUCAAUGUUGCCAGCUGCUAUUGGUCUAUGUUCAAGUAUGCAAGAUACUUUGCACAGCGCCACCCAAAAGUGAUCGAGGACGAGAGGGCAGUUGAGGUUGUUGUGCGCCUUCAAGAAAAAGUACCCCGUAAUAACGAGGCGGAUCUGAAUCGCCUCUACGGCGAGAAGUCAGUGGUUGAUCAGAGGAGCAAUAAUGCAGAGAUGCCACCAACACAGCCUUGCCCAGUUGUAGUAAGCAAAAGGGUGAGCUAUGUUGAGGACAUGGUUUAA